UCUCCCUCUCUCUCUCUCUCUCUCAGUGGCGUGUGGUGGAUGAGUUGGCCAAGUUGUCCAGUCUGGUGAAGUUUUCGUGUCUCAGUAACGGUCUGGCGAGUAAAGAUGGGAACCCGAAAACAGCGACUCAGCUGCUCAUCGCCAAACUGGGACGCCUGGUCUUCCUGAACCGCUGUGAGAUCCACCCCGAUGAGCGGAGGGGGGCGGAGCUGGACUACCUGAGGAUGUUCGGGGCGGAGUGGUUGAAGGGCGGAGGGGGGAGUCAGACGGACGGAGAGUUCACCUGUCAGCACCCUCGAUACCUGAGCCUCGUGGACAAGUACGGAGCUCCAGAGGAAGGCGAGCUGAAGAAGCCGGUGUCGUUCGCUUUGAAGAAUCAGCUGUUGAAGGUGAAGUUUGUGUUUCCUGACGACGCCGAGCGGAAGCCGAUAGAGAAGAAACUUCCAGCGUCCAUGGUGGUCCAGAAGGUGAAGGGGCUCCUGUACAGACUGAUGAAGGUCCCUGCGGUCGACCUGAAGCUCACCUACACCAGCCCAAAGAUGGAGGGGACGGAGUUCCAGAUCGAUAACGACCUGAAGUCUCUGCAGUUCUACUCCAUCGAGGACGGAGACCAGGUGUUGGUCCGCUGGUCCUGAAGUCUCUGCAGUGGAUGCAGGAACAGAGGCUUUCAGGACUGAACCUGAGCUCCUGUGUCGGACUGAGAUCCAGAGACAGACUGAAGGGGGAGGGGGGGGGGGGGGGGGGGGAGACUCGCUCUGAGACGUGGAUUUAAAAGACUUAGACUGGAUCUGUUUACAGAAACGUUUCUGUCAAUCUGUGGGCUUCAGACUCUUCACUAUCCCCUCAGAGUGAGACUGCAGGAGCACUGACAAAGUCUGAAACCUGUUUAACCCUUCAGACCCCAAACUAUCAAAAUAAGGCCCAGGUCUAAAAACACAGGAAGUCCCCUUUAAAUGUCCCGGGUCACAUGAUCGGACGCUCGUUUGUGAUUGAUCAGUUUAACUCCAAAGACAUGAGGUCUGGAUUAAGAUGUAUCACAGAUGAUCUGUAGAUUACCCGGUCUGACUGUUGAAUAAAGCUGAAGGGGAGUUAUUGA